ACUGUUUCCCGCUGCAUUGUCAUCCAGAUACUUUUCUUUUAAUACACACAGAACUGAAAACUGAAAGCGUAAGGGGGAAGUGCUGGAGAAGCUUCUGCCCUGUUUGUGACUUGGAUUUUCUCCUCCAGGAAGAAGAGCCCAGACGAGAGAUUUUGCUGUAGGAAUUCACAAAAGAUACUGAAAUGUCAGAUUCCACACCGUUUGAGAUGAGACUGGUUCAUCUGGACCUGAAAGGAGCGCCACCGAAGGUCUCGUACCUCUCAAAGGUCUUUCCUCUGUUCCGAGCUCUAGGUGCCAACGGCCUCCUCAUCGAGUACGAAGACAUGUUUCCCUACGAGGGCCCCCUGCGGCUGCUGCGGGCCAGGUUCUCCUACAGCCCCGCUGAAGUGAAAGAGAUCCUGCACCUGGCCGGCCUGCACCAGCUGGAGGUGGUACCCUUGGUGCAGACGUUCGGACACAUGGAGUUUGUGCUGAAGCACGGGGCCUUCGCCCACCUGCGGGAAGUGGCCGCCUUCCCCAACACCCUGAACCCCCACGAGCCGGAGUCCCUGGCGCUGGUGGGCGCCAUGAUCGACCAGGUCCUGCAGCAGCACCCAGGCGCCCGGCGGCUCCACAUCGGGUGUGACGAGGUCUAUUACCUGGGAGAGGGCGAAGCCUCGAGGCAGUGGCUGCAGCAGGAGCAGAACAGCAAAGCCAAGCUGUGUCUGUCCCACGUGAGGGCGGUGGCCAGCCACGUGCUAGCCCGGCACCCCCACGUGACACCCCUGGCGUGGGACGACAUGCUGCGGGACAUGCCUGAGGACCAGCUCACAGCAUCGGGGGUGCCGCAGCUGGUGGAGCCAGUGCUCUGGGACUACGCGGCCGACCUGGACGUGCACGGCAAGGUGCUCCUCAUGCAGAAGUACCGGCAGUGCGGCUUCCGGCGGCUGUGGGCUGCCAGUGCUUUCAAGGGCGCCACGGGGCCCAGCCAGGCGCUGACCCCGGUCGAGCACCACCUCAGGAACCACGAGCGCUGGCUGCAGGUGGCGGCCGGCGGGCCGGUGGGCUCGCUGCAGGGCAUCGUGCUGACCGGCUGGCAGAGGCACGACCACUUCUCCGUGCUGUGCGAGCUGCUCCCAGUGGGGGUCCCAUCGCUGGCGGCCUGUCUGCAGUCGCUCCUCCACGGAGGCUUCACCGAGGCCGUCAAACGGAGAGUGGAGAACAUUCUCGGGGUUUCAGGCCUGGAAACAGCUGGUCCUGUAAGGCAGCGACAUCCUCAGCCUCGUCACGCACUUCAGCCUGCACCUGCGCAGCUCCGUGGACGCCCUGCUGGAGAGGAACAGCUUUUCCAGGGGUAUUGCUGUAAAACCACCCCAGGACUGCCCGGUAGCCACUGUCGGCCGAGUGGUGCCUGGCCCCGCAGUGCGCCAGCCUGGGGCCUGCCCAGCGGCCGCACCUGUCUGAGGGCCGGCCUAGUGCGCACACCUGCCUGUGGGUCUGCCCAGGUACGUGACCGGCUGGUUCAGCUCUUACCAUCGCAGUCGGAAGCUCAUCCACCCCAUCAUGGUCCAGCACAUCCGGCCGGAGGCUCUCAGCCUCCUGGCCCAGUGGAGCGCCCUCCUGCAGCAGCUGGAAGCUGCCCUGCAGCUGGCCUUCUACCCGGACGCGGUGGAGGAGUGGCUGGAGGAGAAUGUGCACCCGAGCAUGCGGCGGCUGCAGGGGCUGCUGCAGGACCUGGACGAGGCAGCCCCUCCGCGGCCCCCGCCCAGCGGCCCCGGCCGGGACAGCUGUCAGGACCCCUGAUGGGCGUGGCCUGUGCACGGGCUGGGCAGCUGUCCAGCGGACCUCCUGCAGCAGCUCACCCCUGCCCAUGCCGGCAGCUGUGCGGGGCCAGGCAGCCCCCGACGGUGCAAUGGUCUUUGGGGAAAAAGAAAAUAUCAAAGGAAAAAGCACAUGGGACCUGUUGUGCGAUCUGCACAUAGAACUUUAUUGUCUUGAAAUAAAAAGAAGAGUGGAAGCCAGA